AUGAUCAUGAUAGUGAGUGUGAGGCCGGAAAUUAAGUUUACUUCAAAUAUGGAAGGAUUUAACUGGGAAAACUACAGUGAUGAAGAUUUUGGUAAUUACAGUUACAACACUGACCUGCCCUCUAUUCUACCAGACUCUGCCCCAUGCCAGCCGGAAUCUCUGGAUAUCAACAAGUAUGCCGUGGUCGUCAUCUAUGCCCUGGUCUUCCUGCUGAGCCUCCUGGGAAACUCCCUGGUGAUGCUGGUCAUCUUAUACAGCCGGGUGGGCCGCUCUGUCACCGAUGUCUACCUGCUGAACCUGGCCAUGGCUGACCUGCUCUUCGCCCUGACCUUGCCUAUCUGGGCCACCUCCAAGGCAAAGGGCUGGAUCUUUGGCACACCCCUGUGCAAGGUGGUCUCACUCCUGAAGGAAGUCAACUUCUACAGUGGUAUUCUACUGCUGGUCUGCAUCAGCAUGGACCGCUACCUGGCCAUCGUCCACGCCACACGCGUGCUGACCCAGAAGCGGCACUGGGUCAGGUUCAUAUGUUUAGGCGUCUGGGUCCUGUCCUUGAUCCUGGCCCUGCCCAUCUUCGUCUUCCGAAGGGCCAUCCACCCACCCUAUUCCAGCCCAGUCUGCUACGAGGACAUGGGUGCCAAUACAACAAAAUGGCGGAUGGUGAUGCGGGUCCUGCCCCAGACCUUUGGCUUCCUCCUGCCCCUGCUGGUCAUGCUAAUCUGCUACGGACUCACCCUGCGCACGCUCUUUGCGGCCCACAUGGGGCAGAAGCACCGGGCCAUGCGGGUCAUCUUUGCUGUCGUGCUCGUCUUCCUGCUCUGCUGGCUGCCCUACAACCUGGUCCUCGUGGCAGACACCCUCAUGAGGGUCCGGGUGAUCGCGGAGACCUGUGAGCGCCGCAAUGACAUUGGCCGGGCCCUGGAUGCCACCGAGAUCCUGGGCUUCCUCCACAGCUGCCUCAAUCCUCUCAUCUACGUCUUCAUUGGCCAGAAGUUUCGCCACGGACUCCUCAGGAUCAUGGCCAUUCAUGGCCUGGUCAGCAAGGAGUUCUUGGUCAAGGACGGCAGGCCUUCCUUUGUUGGCUCUUCUUCAGGGAACACUUCUACUACCCUCUGAGACUGCACGCAGGGCUCCUCCCUUCCCUUCAGCAUUGGCCCCAAGCCGCAUGUCCUCUGACUGCUCACAGCCUUGUGUCAAGGCAGCCCCCCAGUGUGGUUACAGGAAGUUGCUGAGGCCACAUCCUUACUAGGUCCCCAGCUAUGCAUUUGAAAGCCCUGGCCCCUACCUUUUACCGUAAUUACCAUGUCAACUGCUAGAGCUCAGUCCAUCCUACCUCUGAGACCACAGCACUCAGUCUUCUGGCAUUCUUAGAAGAUAUUCUUUUAAGUGAUUACAAAAUUUUCCUACCAUUGGGAGGCAUUAGUGUCAAACACCAUUGGUUGCUUCCCCAACUCUCCCUUUCCUUGCUGGCUAACGAAGUCCACCUCCCUAGAGAGAGGCUGAAAAUGACAGAUACUCACUUUCUCAGACUUCCUUAAGCCAGCAGUGGCUAUAUCAUCUGGUUCUGAUAAAUAAGAGUUAAAGGCAAAUUGUGUGCUGGUAAAUCACUUUCCUGGAGGAAAAAGUCUUGAUUUGUAGAGUUUACCACGUUCCGUGGUGUAAAUAAAUGCUCCCACCAUGACCGAUUUCAAGGUGGCAGUGUUUAGCAACUAGAUCACAA